AUGGGGCUUCAGCGGCCAUCAGGAGGAGCCACCACCCAUGUAUCCGUCUUGGUACUCCGGGCCAUCGGAGAUCUCCCUUCAAUCGUCUGGGAGGUCCUGGCCGCCAUCAUCUGGGAAGGGUGGGUCACCGUCACCAAUCAGCUCCGCCUCCUAGUGGCCACCUACCCUCUAAUGGUCAUUCUCUACUUGUCCACCAGCGCCCUGGACCUCACCACCCUCAUCGCCACCUGCUGCUCCGCCUACCUGUACAUCUCCUUUCUCUACUACUUCCGUCUCAGGGACCGUCUUCCGUGGGCCUGCCUCGCCGCGGCCUUCAUCUGGUUCGACGGCCCGGACAGGCAGCUCAUGCGCCGCGCCGCCGUCGCCGUCUUCAUGCUGGCGCGGGACGACGACUGGCGCGUGGUGAUGGACAAGAGGUUGCGGACACAGACGCUGCCUUGGCAGGAUGGUACCGGGUUCGAGUUCUUGUACAACUUUGAGGGGCGCGAGUUGCUGCGCGAGGUCAGUCUGUACUGGGUCAACACGCUCUGCUCAUCGUUCGGCCAGCACCGCGUGCCCCAUGACUUUGGCCUGCGGACUUCGAUCAGGGCUCUGGACGUGUUGGUCCUACCGCUCCUUGCGUUGGUCGACUGGGCUUGGCGGUACAGGCAGGCCCAGAGAAGCACGAAGAUGGACGACAAGGAGAGACGGAGGCCCGGGCUGUUCUGA